UCUGAACUUCACACCUGCUUGCAAGCUCAAGCUGUUCAAACACUACUACUACAAGUAGUAAUACCUGUGCUCUCCCGCCAUCCAUGCAGGCGCAAGCUUGCUAGCAGUGAAGCAAGGACGGUGUAAAGGGCCAUUGGCAGGACUAGCCAGGGCCGAUUGCCAGCUCUUUCACCUCAAAAGAGCGUUUCUUGUAAAUCUUCAGUUCUUCUGACGAAGCUACGCAUGUGGCAUUGAGAAACAAUUCUGCAGAGCACAUUCUCACAAGGCCUCAAACGAGCAGACUUUUGCAUCUCCCAAAGAUGGCAGUUCUUGUCUCGAGGCUUGCAAGCGGCAGCUUCCAGUCCGUGCCUGUGAAAAGGGGUUUGGCUGCAGCGUUGGCCAUUCUAAGCGGGUCUGCUGCAGCAUACCUUUGGACCACUAGGACUUCAGGGCUGGCCAGUCAGGGGGUGGUGGACUCCUUUGUUAAUGUAGAGCAACAGCAGCAGCCAGAAGAGGUGGCUCAUGACUGCGACUGCGCCCCUCUCUGGAACUGCAUCCAAGAAGGCAGGGGAGAUUGCGAUGUUUUAGAAAGAGGCCUUCGGAGCUGCCUCGCUAGACAAAAGACAUGACGCUGUACUGGGCAGCUGGAGCAUUUGGGCGGUGUCGGUAGGCUUGUAAAAAGAGGUCAUUUUAGAGAAGAGCACACUUGGUGAUGAAGGUGACCUUAGCUCCUGGCAUCUGUACAUACAGGUACGUGCCAUCAACUAGGACUUCGUUAGGAAUGCCGGGAGUGACUGUACAAUCAUAGUCUAAUAGUCUUGUGUGUUUGUAAGACCGGACCGCUGUUGCAGGUUAGUAUGUUAGGUAAAAUCUUCAGUCACUGCGCUUAGAUUUGAGCAAGUAUAAUUUACCAUACAGUAUAUGUGAGCAUGCAAGCUUGGCGGCUGUGCAAUUGCAUUAUCGAGAGUCCUGC